CUCCCUUUACACCCAGGACCCUCCCAGUCGCAGCCCCUAAACUUCUGUAUUUGCAUAUAGUGGCCUUUCCAGCUUUAGGUUUGGACACAUAUCCACCACCACCUGUCUCUACUCUAUCCAUGAGAGAGUAACAAAUGCCUAAAGCACCUAGAUCAAUAGACACAUAAAGAAGAAGCAUUGCAUCAUUGGAUUAGCUGGUGUCUGUUGAGCAGAAUGCAUGGGCUUAAUGUGCUGUCCUUACUGCUAAUUACCACAUGCCUAUGUGAUGGCAGAAGAGCAAUAGAAGACAGAGCAGAUAAUGAGUUUGGGUUGAAGAUGAACAGGCACUAUGAGCCUAAAUCCAUGUUCAGGAUGUAUACACAUGGGAAGGAUAUACAGGAUGCCUGCACUGUAGAGCUCUUCCAAGCACACACCCUGCAGUCCUGCAGCUUCAACAGCAGCCACCCCCUGGUCAUCAUCAUCCACGGCUGGUCGAUGGAUGGGAUGAUCGAAAGCUGGGUCACUCGGCUGGCCGCUGCACUUAAGAGCACACAGAAAGACAUCAAUAUUCUGGUCAGUGACUGGCUGACCUUGGCACAGCAACACUAUCCCAUUGCUGUUCAAAACACACGGGUUGUUGGUCAGGAAAUCGCCCAACUGCUCAUAUGGCUUGAGAAUCUCACACAGUUUCCUGUCAGUAAUGCCCAUCUUAUCGGCUACAGUCUGGGCGCUCACAUAGCCGGAUUCGCUGGAAGGAACUUAGCCACAUUGGGGAGGACUCUGGGAAGAAUCACUGGCCUGGACCCUGCAGGCCCACUGUUUGAAGGCAUGUCCUCUACAGACAGACUCUCCCCAGAUGAUGCUAGGUUUGUGGACGCCAUUCACACAUUUACCCAGCAGCACUUGGGGCUUAGCGUGGGCAUCAAACAACCCGUCGCCCACUACGACUUCUACCCUAAUGGAGGAUCAUUUCAGCCUGGGUGCCACCUACACGUUAAGAACCUGUACACUCACCUAUCUCAGUAUGGCCUUAUGGGCUUCGAGCAGACGAUGAAGUGUGCCCACGAGCGAGCAGUGCACCUUUUUAUCGACUCUCUUCUAAACAGAGACAAACAGAUCACGGCCUACAGGUGCAGAGACAAUGCAGCCUUUAACAAGGGUGUCUGUCUGGACUGCCGCAAAAACCGGUGUAACACUCUCGGCUACGACAUCAAGAAGGUCCACACGAGCACCAGCAAGAGGCUGUACCUCAAAACCCGCUCGCUCAUGCCGUAUAAAAUGUACCAUUUUCAGUUCAGGAUCCAGCUCUUCACACAGUUUGAAAAGAUUGAUCCGUCUCUUACCAUCAAACUCACUGGCACUCUUGAAGAGAGUGAAGUCCUGCCAAUCAGCCUAGUAAAGGAAGUCUCAGGCAAUAAGACCUACUCUUUCCUGAUCACUGUGGACACUGAUAUCGGAGAUCUGAUGAUGAUACAUGUGUCCUGGGAGGCAGAGUCACUGUGGAACAACAUGUGGAGCAAAGUCAAGACCAUAUUUCCAUGGGAGAGCAAGGAAGAUGGGCCAAAGCUCACCAUUGGUAGGAUUCGAGUCAAAGCUGGGGAGACACAGCAGAGAGCCACGUUUUGUGCUCAGGCUGAUGACAGACCGUCUAUCCGGCCCUCAGAGGAGAAGAUGUUUGUUCGCUGUGAUGAAAGACGGGAAAAGCAGGAGCGUGUGCGGUCACAUGGCUGAAGGACAGUGCGAGCGAGGGUUUUUUAUGUGCUCGCACAUGCCUGACAUCAUGAUGUUAAAAAAACAAACAAAAGAAAACAAAAAAAUAACAACUAAAAACAAAAACAACUGGUCUUUUUGACGUUAAGCGAUGCAGAACAAGCUGAAACCACAGUUAUUGUUUUCAAACUGAUGCUCGUCACUUUCCCCUUGUUCAAAUCCCUUUUUUUUUUUUUUAAAUCCUCUUUCCUUUAGGCUAGCUCACUAGGUAGCUCAAAUGAAGGUUGUUAGUUGAUCUCAUGGGCUAUUGAGAGUUAUAAACAGUUAAAGCAAAUAUAGACCCCAAGAGAAGAGCUUGAGCUGCCUGGAAUAGCUUGCAGUUUGACACAGAUUUGUUUUCACACCAGCAGACAAAGCAAAGUUCUAGACUGAGCAGUGGUGAUGCUUCCAGCACAUCACAUCCUGUGUAACAUCUCUACUGCAAUUGAAAUGUUGUAGCACACUGUAUUAAUGUAUUAAAACAUUUAGAUGCCAUUCAAUCCA